UAGUAAUCACUUCCGAUAGUUUGUUUGAUGUAUAAAAGCGUUAAUUAGCCAUAAUAUCGAUUUAAAUCUGAGCCCCGAUCGUCAAAACAACCCGUUAAUUAGGUAGCGUGUCACGUGGUACUGUGACGUCAUAUGCGACCUUCUUCGAACAGCUGACUGUCAUCACAUAGUAGGAUUAGCGUUAUCUUUUGACAUUUACUCGCCAUGGAAGACGUUUUUUCUGAUGUUGAUGAAAUUCCCGAGAAUCUUAACAUCCAGCCGUACAUGUUUGAGCCCCCCUUGCAGAUAAAUAACGAUCAUAUAGCCCAAGAAAGUAGCGGGGAAAGUGACGAUGAAGUCCGUGGAAACGAUCAGCUCGAUAGACGUGCUAACACAAUUUGGUGUGAAUGUGGUUCCUGCGAAGUUAUGGAGACAACAAUGGAGUGCACAUGCUGUGCAGAGUUCCCACUUGUUGACCAGAUUCGAGAGUCAAGUGAGCUCGAAUGUAUUACUGACCAUGAAACCUUUAGAGACAAUUGCUUGAAUGCUCGAGUCCUUGAAGUUAGUCUCCAUGAGUACAUCCAAAGAGAGGGGCCACUGGAUGACAACGAACCAAUGAAUGAGGUAUAUCGACACAUCGCUUAUAGGAGAUUUGUCCUCUGGAUAUGGCACCGUCUAGGAAGGGGGAACCGAAAAGUUUUGCCAGCAUGUGUUGUGACAGCCAUUCGUAGGACAUUCCCAUCAGAGAACUACACUGGCUUUCGGGAAUCUCAUCUGGCUUCAUAG